AUGAGCGCCCCCAACACUACCGGUACCCAAGACAGCGACUUCCAGCCAAAUGGCCGGCCACAAUCUACUCUGGCCCGCGACUUCUCCGCCGCCCUCGAUGACUUAUUCAAGUUGAACGGCAUCGGAGCCUUGGAAGAGUCGGUUGAACAGAAGAAGGACACCCUCCAGACUCAAAAGUAUCAACUGGAUGACCUCGACGCCAGAUUGCGAGAGACCGACGAAAGGCUGAAGCGACUCGAGGCCAAGCAUCACCGCCAUUUGCAAGCGUCAAGCACUCCGCCAAGGCAACCCGUGUCGUCCACGCUCCCAACCGACUACGACGGUGAGGACAGCGGAGAUAGUGACGCGCACGCACAAUCAUCGCCUGCACGAGAGCCACCACGAUGA